AAUGAGGAGAAUGGUGGGGAGGUAGUUAGUGUUGAUUGGGCUGGGCUCCCUAAGGGUAUCCUGGAGAUCAUUUUCGAGCGACUAUCUCUUUUUGAUUGUAUCUCAGUUAGCAAUGUUUGCAAGCCUUGGAGAAAUGUUUUCUCGCGGGAGCUUUCUUGUUGGGAAGGGCUUGGCUUCCCUUCACUUUUCAUGUCUGGUCAGAAAGAUAGAGAUAAGAGACUUUGUAUUAGCAUGCUAGAGAAGCGAGCUUGGGAGAUGGAGAUACCCGAGGCUCGUGGAAAAUAUUGUUGGGGAUCAUAUCAAGAUUGGUUUAUUCUAGUGGAUGAUGUAGGAUGUGCGGAUGAUAUAAAACGUUAUUCUCUGAAUAUAAGCUUGUUUAAUCCGUUCACCAGAAGCACAAUCAACCUUCCUAGAACAUGGGACUUCUACCAUAAUAUGGUCCUCUCGGCGCGUCCCUCUCUAGAAAACUGUGUGUGCAUGCUUGUACACAGUAAGUACCAAGAGCUUGCCUUUUGGGUCCCAGGAGCUCAAUCAUGGAAUCAAUAUAAAGUCGUUGGAGAGCGGCCAUUUGAGGAUGCUGUCUUUUGGAAUGGAAGCUUCUAUCUUUUGAGCAAGGAUAACGGCAUUGUCCAAAUUGAUGCAGCUAGUGUUUCUGCCGCUCUUAGCAAGGAUGACUCUGUUGUUACUUUUGAAUCUGAGAUCAAGACUGAAUUCCAUGAAGUAAUCAUGCCGGAGUCAGAGAACCAUGCAAACGAUGCUGUAUUGAGGUAUCUUGUGGAGUCUUGCGGCAAGAUUUUGCUUAUCUGCAGGCAUUUUAGUACUCUACUUGAAACGCGGAAUUUCAAAGUUUAUGAACUGGAUAUUGGCCAAAUGUCCUGGAAAAGGGUUGAGAGUUUGGGGGAUCGAAUAUUAUUUUUAGGUAAAUGCAGUUCAAGAUCGUUCUCUGCAGUGGAACUCGGGGUCGAGAUGAGCAAUUGUAUCUAUUUCUCCAAUGACAAGGCUGAUCCUUCGGGGAAUGAGUGGCAUUACAGUCAUCUUAAAGGAAUGUCGGCUUGUCUCGGUUUCAAUAAUUCUGGCAGGAAACAUUGGGGCAUUUUCAGGCUUGGAAAUAGAAAGAAUAUUCAUUUCUGCUUUCGGGGUCAUCGAGACAUCUUUGGCCCUAUCUGGUUCACCGCGCCUCUAUGGUGGUACUGUAACAAUUUUUUUAUCAACGGAUAG